AUGAAGCCAUCGCUACUUAAGCGCCACCAAUUAUCGAAGCAUCCAGAAACAGAAAAUAAACCUAUUGAAUUUUUUCAGAGAAAAGUUACUAUUUUCCGAAAGGAAUCGAAAUGCAUGUCUAGUUUUACGAACUUUAAUGAAAAUAUCGUUAAAGCAUCUUAUUUAGAAAGUUUAAUUAUUGCUAAAGAUGGAAAACCACACACAAUUGGGGAAACAUUAGUGUUGCCAGCAGCAAAAGAAAUCGUGCGAUGUGUUCUUGGAGACAAGGCUGCAAAAGAGAUAGAAAAAGUGUCACUUUCAAACGAUACAGUCAAAGAAGAAUUGAUGACAUGUCGUCGAAUAUAA